UUUUUGUUAUCUUUCAAAUGUAAACAAAUAAAACGUAUUAUUUUGCGAUUGUUCUCGUUUCUCGUUAGAAUUUAAUGAUUUUGUACAAACUAAUUUGUUAAGUUUUUAAAGUUAAUCAUGAACUUAGAAAACUUCGACGCUCUCCAGCAGCGUUUCGAAUUCGUGCGUCAAAACUAUCACCGGCUGUGCCGUUUCUGUUUGGAUACGAAAAAUCUGCUGACCAUCUUCUAUCAAGCCGAUCCAAUAACGGAAACAACGGCGGCAUCGUGGGAGGAAAGUGCCCCGGAAUGGGUUUACAACGACGAACGGAAUAUCGGAGGUCUGCUGCAGAAGCAAUACGUCCAGUUCAAUCCGGAGGACGAGUACGGUUUGCCGAACAACAUAUGUGAACGAUGCGUGGACAGUUUGGUCCAAUGGAAUCGAUUCCAGGAGAACUUCAUCGCGAACACAAAGCUGCUGCUCAAAGUCCGUGACCAUCUUGAGCCGAAUGGGAUCGAAGAUGGGACCAACAGGGAAAGCGAUCCAGAUGACGACGAUGAACAUUACCUUGAAGAGGAUCAGGAAGAAACUGAAGUCACGAGAAGCAACGAAAUCUACGAAAUUGAGAUUCUUCAGAAUCUGCCGGAGAAUGUAGUCCUCGAAAACGUAACUAUAAUAGAAACAUUGAAUGGAACAGAAACAUUAGUGGAGGAAACAGAAAAGAAGUUUAUACCGCUUCCACAAUCUGACACUGAACAGAAGUUGAAGGAAUUGGUAAUAGAAAGGGAGGAUCUGAGAUCCGAAUCAUCAGUCGCAAGCGAAAAGAAUGUUAUUCAGCAAAGACGAAAAAAGCGGCGAAUUAAAGUAAAGUUGGAAUCGGAAGAGUCAGUCGGCAAAUCUUCCUUGAAGCAGCGUAGCGAGCAGUGUCCCAUAUGUGGAAUGAUAGUUAAAACCAAGAUGAAGCAUCACAUGCUUCGGCAUUCCGAUCCCUCGGGUCAACCCUUCAAAUGUCCGGACUGUGAUAAGUCGUACUCGUUCAAAAGAACCUUAACGGAUCACAUUCGACAGGUUCAUCAAAACGUACGCUAUGGAUGUGAUCUUUGUGGCAAAGAGUUCGUCAGCAGAGACGUUCUGCGGAUUCACAAGAAGCUGCACACCAAAGAGGAGCAUCAGUGUCACAUUUGUUACCAAGUGUUCCAGCAGAGGAUGUAUCUUCGGAAGCACAUGGCCGUGCAUGACCUGAAGAAGUUCAACUGUGAUGACUGUGGGAAGAUUUUCCGCUUUAAGGAACAGUUGAAGCAGCAUAUGAGGGUUCACACGGGGGAGAAGCCAUUCGGCUGUGAAAUGUGCACCAAAACUUUCCGCACAUCGAGCCAUUUGAAGCAGCACAUGAGAACGCACACGCAGGAGAAAGUGUUCAAGUGCAAACGGUGCCCGGUAGAGUACGCCAACAAGAAGAGUCUGGAGCGGCACGUCGCGGGGGCGCACCCUGUAGGUGAAGGUGAGUAGUGAUUUUGUUAAAUAAAACUUUGGAGAAGA